AUGCGACUUUUCGUUUCUCUCCUCUUCCUGUUUUUAGGUUUGCUGUCACCAACUUUGGGAAAGGACAAUGAAUUGGAAAUCGAUAUGGAAAAGAGUCCGGGCUUCUCACCCGAAGCUUCCCCGCCGGGCACUCAUCCGACAAAAAGUGCCGAACUGAAAAUGACAACACCAAAACCUAAUGCCAAGAUUGAGGACGAAGAAGAUCAAGAAGAAAAUUCGAAACGAAAAACAACAGUUUCCCCGGAGAAGGAAGAAAUCGACAAAAAUGGAGAUGAAAAAGGAAACGAAGAAAAGAAAAAAGAAGAAAAAGCAUGCAGAGAUCGACAUGAUUUAUGCAAGUUUUGGUCAUCGAUCAAUGAAUGCAAAAAUAACGAGGAAUGGAUGGGAGAUAAUUGUCCACUUUCGUGUGAUAAAUGUAAAGGUACCUCAAUAUGCAUUGAUAAGCACCGAUUGUGCACAUUUUGGGCGGGUAUCAACGAAUGUGACACAAAUGCUGUAUGGAUGCUGUCAAAUUGUCCAUCUGCAUGUAAAGCUUGUAAAGGAGAAACGAUUGACGGACGAAGUACGACGAAUCACGAAUUUACUGAAGAAGAAUGCACUUUCAUUACAACACAUGAGGAUACAUCAAUGCGAAGAACGAUUUCAAUAAACGAUGUUCGACAAUCGAAUAUGAACUUCGGCUGUGCGCCGGCGUUGAGAGCGACGAAUUGUCGACGAAAUCUAUGCUAUCAUUUAAAAUAUCGAACAUUUGAUGGGACAUGUAAUAAUAUUGAGAAACCAUUAAUGGGCGCCGCUUUUUCGGCUUUGAUGCGACUACAGACACCGGCUUAUGAUAAUGGGAUUUCGGCGCCUGUUUCUUCAUUCACCCGAACACGGCCAUCAGCUCGUGAGGCUUCUCGUCUACUUCUAGCCUCUCCUGCACAAUUAACUCAUCGUUCAAAUGCUCUCCUAAUGCAAUGGGGUCAAUUCAUCGCUCAUGACAUCGCCAAGACAACAAUGCUCAAUAAUCAAGAAUGCGCUCAAUGUACCCCGGCUGGAGGAAAAUGCUUCUCCGUUUUUCUCUCUCGAACAGAUCCAACCUUUGGUCGUUUCUUAUGUCUUCCCGUCGCUCGUUCAACUCCUGUUUGUGGUAGUGGACAAGAAACACCGAGGGAACAAUAUAAUGAAAAUACGGCAUUCAUCGAUGGAUCUAUGAUUUACGGCUCAUCUGAUCGAGAUCAAUUUUUGUUUAGACAAGGCGCAUUCUUGAAGACUCGUACCGUUCGCUCACGGGUUUUCCCUCCAAUCGAUUCAAAUAUGAAUGUUGUGGCGGGUGAUGAUCGAGCGAAUAUUUUUGUCGGUCUCGCCGCUUUGCACACAAUAUUUGUUCGGCAGCAUAAUAGAGUUGCGAAAAUCCUUCAAAAAGUGAAUCCGCACUGGGAUCAAGAGAGAAUUUUCCAUGAAACGAGAAAAAUUGUCGGCGCAACUUUGCAACAAAUCACUUAUAAGGAAUAUCUACCGCGAGUUUUGGGCGAAGAAUUCGAGAGAUGGAUUGGAAAUUACGAUGGAUACAAUGAGGAUGUCGAUUCAGCGGUUGCCAAUGAAUUCACGUCGUGUGCUUUUCGAUUCGGACACGGAAUGAUUCAGGAAUUUUACCCAUUCCUUGAUGAGCAUUUCCGUCAAAUUGGUGGCAUUCCGUUCACUGAGGGAAUGUUCAAAAGUACUCAUAUAAUCAAUAAUGGAGUCGAUCCACUUCUUCGCGGCUUUCUCACUUUAUCCGCUAAAAUGCCUCAAAGAUUAGCUCUCGGGGUGACUGAGCGUAUUUUUGGGAACUCGGAUCUUGGAUCGAUCAAUAUUCAGCGAGGUCGAGACCAUGGAGUCCCUCCAUUCAGUGCUUGGAGGAAAUUUUGUGGGCUAAAUGAAAUCAAGGAUUUCGAUGAUCUCAAAACAACAAUCAAAAAUCCAGUACUUAUCGAAAAUUUGAAGCUUCUUUACAAAAACAUUGAAAAUAUUGAUAUGUACGUGGGAUCAUUAUUGGAAGAUCCAGUCCCGGGAGCGCUUGUUGGUCCGACUUUAGCUUGUGUCAUUGGUGAACAAUUUAAGAGAAGUCGAGACGGUGAUCGUUUCUAUUAUGAGAAUGAGAAAAUCUUUACAAAAGAUCAGUUGAAUCAAAUCAAAAAGAUGACAAUUGCACGAGUGCUUUGCAAUGCGGGAGAGCGAAUCGAUGAGGUUCCGCGGAAAUCCUUCGAUACUUUCAAUCCAACAAAAGAUCGAUUAUCAAAAUGUGAUCAAAUACCGGAUAUUGAUUACAAUGUAUGGAAAGAAGAACUU